AAGAAUAAACUCCACGGACUGGCACACGAUUCGCAAGCCCCAUUUGCUAAACUGAAAGCAAUCUAUCGAUCCCCCCUCUCUACGCUUUCAUAUAUCUUCGCCGAUGGCCACCGUAAACGCUGAUAAACUCACUACCGCUGCGACCACACACGACAACAACGAUGAAAACACCAGUAAAAACCCGAACCAAACGCCCGUCGCAUCAACCAAACUAGAUCGCCCCGAAGACACUUCCGGCAACGCACUAUCCGCCGUCAUUCCCGGUUGUGCGGGGCCGAAGAAGAACGCCCAGGAAUUGAAGACGACAGUAGCCGCGGCAGCCACUCUCACUGGGACAACUGAUGCUUCGGGUUCUAGUAUUCAGAAAAAGAUCCGCCGUGCAGAGCGCUUUGGCAUGGCCGUCAUGCUCUCAGAGGAAGAGAAGCGCAACUCGCGAGCAGAAAGGUUUGGAACUGGGCUCAGAUUGCAGGGAUCAGAAGCAUUGACAAAAUCUGAGGAGCUGAAGAGAAAGGCUAGAGCAGAGAGGUUUGGGCUUUCAGUGUCAUCUGUGACAACUGGUGAAGAAGCAAAGAAGAAAGCCCGCGUUGGCAGAUUUGCACCUGCUCCAAAACUAGAUGCACUUGAAGAGGAAAAGAGGAAAGCAAGGACUGCCAGGUUUUCAGCUCCUCCUACAAGUUCUCUGACGCAUGUGAAUGGCAAGGGGAAUAUUGAACUCGUUAGUCCUUAUUUAGUGGAAAGCGGCAGUUGCUGGAGAGGCUGGUGGGGAUUCCUGAACAGAGUUAUUCUUCACCGUAGUUAGGUAUAGCUAAUUAGCAUUUGAUUCUCUCAGCAUCUUCUAUACCCACAUUUACAUUCUUACAUGAAUUUCCUGAUGCAUUAUUCGUCCUUUCCUAGACAAGUAAUUAGUGCACAGCGCUGAGAGGGAGUAUGAAAAUUUCAUUCACUUUGAGGGUGCAGCCUUUAAUGUCCAUUUAGCUGGUGUGGCCUGGAGUGGUCGCAACUGCCUCUUAGUGUUUACUGAUCUCAAAAUCUACUAAAAAAUGUAGAAAUUCUGAAUUUACUGCAUUGCAUGAAUGUGUGUGUGUGUGUGUGUGUGUGUGGUCAUGUGCGUAUGCGCUAGAAAUUCUGAAUUUGCUGUGUGCGUGUGUGCAUAUUCAUGAUUUUGUGUUUGCAUUUGUAAGUUUUCUCGUAUUCAAGAACUAUUUUCAUUUGACAACUUUUCUUCCUUUUGUCUUGUGAUCUGUGACAUUUCAUUCAAUUCGUCACUAUGAUUCAGUGUAAAAUAGCAGUAUAGCUUGAGUUUGACACCUAGCUUUAUCUGAAUCAAAAAUAUUGGUUUGAAUGGACUGAUUUUCCUUUCGUGAUCUCAUCAAAUUGAAAUAUGGCACUUGCUAGUGGUUUCAAUGAGAUUCUCAGAAUGAUCAUAUGGAUUUUCAGUUUGGGUUAUGGUUGAGAUCAUUGGAAUAAUGGCAGCCGUUUGAAAAUAUUUAACUAAAGUAAACGUGCUUUAUCAUUGUGGGCUUUGCAAUGCAUGCUCCUUUAUGGGUGUUGGGGGCUCUAUAGUAAUUGAUUUGUGAAUGUAGAUACAAUUGUAGGCUUUUCAAAGCAUGCUUCUUUCCUCCCUCCUAUUAAUUCAUCCAUAAGAUGCUUGCCAAGAAUGAGAUGGAAUAGAUUGAAGGUAAAGAUGUCAGAUGGAAGACUUAGAAAAGAGGAAAAGUUGUUAGUGGGACUGUCAAUUCUAUAAGGUAGGUAUUCAAGAACAUAAUAUAUGUUAGCAUCUUGUUUCAGAAUUUCUAACAUUCUUGGUUGGCAUUUUGAGAUCAGUGAACACUUUGCAAGUGCUUGUUAGUUUCCUUUGGCCUCACAGGGUGAAUUUUUGUUUUGCAACUUAAGAUGCUGGGAAUGGAGGAUGAUAGUCGGGCUCUUUGUUUAGCUAUGUUAUUUUAAUUUAUAUGCUCAGUAUUGUAUGUUGCACAAUGUUAAGAUCCCAGCGUAUGUGGAAAUUCUGGUUGCUAGUGUGAGUAUGGGAUGGAAGUACUAGGUAUAUUAGCUGAGAAGAUUUGAUAAAAUUGUUCUUUUCCUUUAUACAUUGUACUACUAAUUAUGUUUGAUGGCACGAUGCUUGUGUGAAGUGCUCAAUAGCUAUAUCAUCAAA